GUGUGCGGACACGGUUGCGCUACUGUGUCGUAGUGCAGCCAGAAUCUGUUGUUUUCUCAUCGUAAGACAUGUCGAAGAUGCGGAUGAAAGCAGUGAGGUGUCCUACGGAUGAGCUCAGCCUCUCCAACUGUGCUAUUAUCAACGCCGACGAUUUCCCUGACGAUGUCAGACACGUUGAAGUAACUACAGCACCAAAUUAUCAUUUUGUGUUUACUGUGAGAACACACCAUGAGAUUCCACGUGGCACAGUUGGCUUUAGCUUACCUCAACGAAAAUGGGCAACAUUGUCUCUCAAUCAAGAGAUUGAAGUUCGACCAUAUAAUUUUGAUCCAACUUCUAAUACAGAAUGUUUAUGCAACAUCGUUUUGGAAGCUGAUUUUCUGCAGAAAAAAACUGUCACUUUGGAACCAUACAAUACGGAUGAAAUGGCCAAGGACUUCUUACUACAGUUUUCCGGACAGGCAUUCACCGUGGGUCAGCAGCUGGCAUUUCAAUUUAAGGAUAAGAAACUGCUUGGAUUAAAAGUCAAAAGUUUGGAAGCUGCUGACUUGUCAGCCAUCAGUUCAGGGCAAAGUGCAAUGCCUAAGAAGACAAAAAUGGGACGUUGCUUAGGCGAUAGUAUAAUCCAGUUUGAGAAGGCAGAAAACUCAAGCCUGAAUCUUGUUGGACAGUCUAAAGGGAAAGCUGUCCGACAGGCGAUUAUCAAUCCAGAUUGGGAUUUUCAGAAAAUGGGUAUUGGUGGCUUGGAUAAGGAGUUUAGCGCCAUUUUCCGAAGAGCCUUUGCAUCCCGUGUUUUCCCAACGGAAAUUGUCACUCAAUUGGGUUGCAAGCAUGUAAAAGGAAUUUUGCUAUAUGGACCACCUGGUACAGGAAAGACGUUAAUGGCUCGGCAAAUAGGAACAAUGUUAAAUGCAAGGGAACCGAAAAUUGUAAAUGGUCCACAAAUUUUAGAUAAAUAUGUUGGAGAGAGCGAGGCUAAUAUCAGAAGAUUAUUCGCUGAAGCAGAAGAGGAAGAAAAGAGGCUUGGACCAAACAGCGGACUUCACAUAAUUAUAUUCGAUGAAAUAGAUGCCAUUUGUAAAUCUCGAGGUAGUGUUGCUGGAAACACGGGAGUUCAUGAUACAGUGGUUAAUCAGCUUCUUGCCAAAAUUGAUGGUGUCGAACAGUUAAAUAACAUUCUUGUUAUUGGUAUGACUAACAGAAGAGAUAUGAUCGAUGAGGCUUUGUUAAGACCUGGCAGAUUGGAGUUGCAAAUGGAAAUUAGCUUACCAGACGAACAUGGACGGCACCAAAUUCUUAAUAUCCACACAUCUCGAAUGAGAGAAUAUAAAAAAAUAGCGCCUGAUGUAGACUUGAAAGAAAUGGCCACUUUGACCAAGAAUUUUAGUGGUGCAGAGUUGGAAGGUUUAGUUAGAGCAGCACAGAGUACUGCCAUGAAUCGAUUAAUUAAAGCUUCUAGCAAAGUAGAAGUAGAUCCAUCUGCAAUGGAAAAGCUUAUGGUGUCUAAAAGCGACUUUUUCCAUGCAUUGGAACAUGAUGUUAAACCGGCAUUUGGUACAAGUGCUGAAGCAUUGACUCAAUUAUUGACCCGUGGAAUUAUUCACUGGGGAAGGGCAGUGGUUGAAAUUCUCGCUGAUGGUGGUCUAUGCAUUCAACAAGCUCGGGCAACUGAAGGAUCUGGGCUUGUUUCUGUUCUUUUGGAGGGACCACCAAACAGUGGAAAGACGGCGCUUGCUGCACAAAUUGCUAAAAAUUCAGACUUUCCAUUUGUUAAAGUGUGUACACCUGAAGACAUGGUCGGUUUUAUUGAAUCGGCAAAAUGUCUUUCUAUACGAAAGGUAUUUGACGAUGCAUAUCGUUCGCAACUUAGCUGCAUUUUAGUUGAUAAUAUUGAACGUCUUCUGGAUUACGGCCCAAUUGGACCAAGAUAUUCUAAUCUGACAUUACAAGCACUUUUGGUGUUAUUAAAAAAAUCACCGCCACCUGGUCGUAAACUAUUAAUUCUAUGCACUUCUAGUCGUCGACAAGUUUUAGAUGAUCUGGAAUUACUUCCAGCAUUUAAUACUAUCCUUCAUGUGCCUAAUUUGUCAAGCUCUGAUCAUUUGUUAAGCGUGUUAGAAGAAGUUGAUCUUUUUUCAAAACACGAAAUGAUUGCAUUGCAUGCAAAGCUUCAAGGAAAACGAAUAUUCAUCGGUAUUAAGAAACUGCUUUGCCUAAUAGAUAUGGCGCGUCAAGUGGAACCAAGUUAUAGAAUUGCAAAAUUCUUAUCGAAACUGGAGGAAGAAGGCGGUCUAGAGUAA